CCGCGCAGCAGCUAAAUGACAGCAGCUAACUGGAGACCUUAGUUAGCGUCAAACCUGCAUGUUUACUUUGAAGAGCAAAUGGAAAUGAUUACACAUUUUACCGAUGCAAUAUUUCAAUGAAUUGUACUGUUUGUUGUAAGAUUCUGGCUGUUCAGGGACAGUAUUAGCGUGCUUUCAUUUUGAGACGAAACCAACCAGCUAGCUAACUUAGCUUCGGUCGAUCUUUAAAGCCAUGAACUCUCUGGUUGGAUACGGAGUGUCCUCGGAGUCUGACAGCGAUGGAGAGGAUGUCAACAACGGUGCAGUUGUUUCUGUUAAGGAGAUGGGUGAUGAUGAGGCAUCAGCUGCCAAAAAGAGCCGCAACUUUUUGCUGGAGUCUGGUUCAAGUGAAUCAGAAACAGAAGAUGACGACCCGGAGCCCUCUUCUUCUUCACCACCACACCCCCGGAAACCAGCAUCUUCUGCAGCCCGACAGCCCACCCUGCCUGCUCUUUCCCUGGGCUCCCUCACCUCCAAUAAAUUACCUCCUCCCUCCCUACAUACCUGCUCUGACGGCAGUGUGUUUGCCAACCCUUUCAAGGCUCAAGCAGAUCGGAAACUCAGCGCCUUGCAGAAACACGUCCCUCUCACAAUGCAGGCCAAACCCUCCCACAUAGGAGGUAAAAGGAUGUGUGUAUCAUACAGGAAAGAUGGGAGGUGCAGGUUUGGCAUCAAAUGCAAGUUCGCCCAUGACAGCGACCUCCAGACUCUCACUGACUAUAACUCACCUGUGAGUGAAGAAACACCAGAUCAGGAUGAGCCUCAUGCAGGUGGCUCAUGUGGUGGAGGAUCCCAGAACCCCCAGCAGCAGCAGACAAAAGAGGAAGAGUCAGCAGGGCAGCAAGGGAAGAAGAGGAAGGUUGGACUGAGUAACACCUUGAUUCCUCCUAAACGAGCUAUGAAGCAGUAUGCCAUGCAGAGGAACAGAGAGCAGAUCAAUAUGUCCUGAUGGAUGUAUUCUGAGCUUUUACACUGUCAAAGCAAUACUACUGGGAAUAAAUAUGUUAUGUGUGUAUAUGUGGUAGAAAUCGUGCACUUUCCAUUGUAGGACCAAUUAAAAGGAGAGUUUGGAUUUUUUAAGGGGAGUUGUAUGAGGUACUUAUCAGUAAUCAGUGUAUUACCUACAGCAGGCAGUAUAUUGAUAUUGAUAUUUGUUAUUUAGGUGGCUAAAAUGUGUGGGCUACACAGUGGUGUAGUAGUUAGCACUCCUGCCUCACAGCAAGAGGGUCGCCGGUUCGACUCCAACUUGCGGCACUUCUGUGUGGAAUUUGCAUGCUCUCCCCGUGUCAGCGUGGGCUCUCAUCGGGUACUCCGGCUUGACUCUAAAUUGCCUGUAGGUGUGAAUUGACUGUCUAUGUGUCAGCCUUGUGAUAGUCUGGCGAUCUGUCCAAGUUGUACCCUGCCUCGCACCCAAUGUCAGCUGGGGUCGUCUCCAGUCCCCCGCGACCCGAAUGUGGAUAAGCGGUGAAGGAUAUUGAACAAAUGAAUAAAAUAUGUGUUGCAGUUGUCCACAGCAGUGCACAGUCCACAUGCAUUGCUUGGCCUUCUUGUCCAAUCUGGAGGCAUGCCAACAGCCAUAGAGAGGUACCUCAUACAACCACAUUUCAAAACAUCCAAUCCCUUUGAGGACUCAGGCAUUUAGUUACAUUGCAUCUAGCAGACGCUUUUCUCUAAAGCAACUUUCAUUUUUAUUUGAGAGCAAUUUGUUUUUUUCCAAGGACAUUUUGACAUGUGGACAGAAGGAGCUGUGAAACAAACCACCAACCUUAUAAUUAAUGUUGACCCCUAAAACCACCUGCCCCAGAUGUGUGUGAUUGCUUUGGUUUGUGUGAUUUUUGUAAUGUUCUCAAACUGUCAGUGAAUACACUUUGGAUAUAUGUUAAGACAUUUAUUUACAUCUUCUAAAUGAACAGUUUUGUGUUUGCUCUAACACACACCCUAAACCACAAACCAGAGAGGUGCAGAUUUAGUAUUGACAUAUGCUCCAAGGUUUCUACAUAGCUAUGCUUAUCAAAUUACAUUACACUUCAAAUGUUACUGACAAAAUUUGAGUUUAAUUGUCUAACUCAGUGACAGUGCUUGCUGUUAUUUUAUGUGUUCAUGUGUGAUUAACAAUUUCCAAGGUCACCUUUUGGCUGCCAAGGACUUUAGUGAGUAGUAAAUACAUAAUAUUGGUUAUUAUUCCUUCAACGUCUACGAACAGCCAAGCUUAAACAGCUGCACAGCGUGAAACAGGUUUAAUGGCACUGCCAGAUAACUAAUAUAUGCACAUUUUUACAUGACUGUUAAAGAUCUUUUUUGUCUAUACCUUUUCAGGUUUUGAAAUGUUUCUGUCAAGAUCAUUUUCUGUAAUAUUUUCUUUUAAUCUUGCCAAAUAAAGGCUUUAUAGUAGACCUUGACAUUAAAUGAAAAAAUAGCUGCCUAUUCAUUUAAACAGAAUUUACUCCCCCCCCA